AUGUCGACGUCCACGAAUCCACUCGAUCUCGGUGCGCCCAUUGGUGCUCGUUCGUCCUCUAACCCUGCUUACAACAACAACGAAGACCUAAACGUCGCCUCUCAACCUCUCGACCCCACUCACCCCGUCUUACAGCACACCCGAACGGCCCCUACGACCUUCCCAAUCAACUCUCUAGCUCACGAGCAAACUACCAGCGAGAAACCACCUAUGAAAAACGACGAAUCUCGCUCCGGGUCGGAAAGCCCUACUCCGACUUUACCAGUUGCUGGAGCAGGGGGAUUACACGGACAGCCUCAGCCAGGUACAAAAGCGUUUGAGGGUAUUCAGGGGGAUCAGAAAGAUCAUCAAGCUGGUACGAUCGGUGAAAAGGGAGAUCAAGAUGUAGGCUUGUUGGCAAGAGAGGAGUUAGGAUUCAAUGAGAAACAUGGACAUGGACAUGGGCUACAUAGGAUUUUAUCACGUAAAUCGCACAAAGAAGAAGAGAGGGAUGGAUUCACCAAAAUCGAAAGGACUUCAACUGGUACGCAGGUGAAACAUCAUACCCAUACUGCAUCUGGCACGGAUACAGUCCAAGGUGUAGGGAUGGUACCCAUUUCGAGGCAAUACUCAACUCCUCCAGCUGUCAGUCCAUUUGGAGGUGUAGCUCCCACAGGAAGCGAUGCGGAGAUGGGUCUGAGGGCCCUAAGAAGUAGGGAAGAAGAGGAUGAGAGGGACCAGGAGAGGGAAGAGAAAGGUCCGGAUCCUUGGGCCGUGAAAUUUGAGCCGGGGGAGAAGAUCAACCCGAAGAACUGGGGCGUCCUUUACCGAUGGGGACUAACAGGUAUCGCCGGGUUACUCGUACUCAAUUCAACCUUCGCCUCAUCCUCCCCAUCCGGUAUCGUACAAGAUAUGGAGGAAUACUUCGGUUUCUCCCAAGAAGUAGCUGUCCUAACAAUCUCCUUGUUUGUGGCUGGUUAUUGUAUAGGUCCUAUCCUAUGGGGUCCUUUAUCCGAAUCCUACGGUCGACGACCCAUCUUCAUCCUAUCUUUCAUCGUCUACACCGGUAUGCAAGUGGGCUGUGCCCUGUCCAAAAACACAGCAUCUAUCUUGAUAUUUAGAUUGCUCGGUGGAAUAUUCGCUUCUGCACCAUUGACCAAUUCAGGUGCUAUGAUUGCCGAUAUUUGGGAUACGGAUCAUCGCGGACAGGCAAUGAGUCUUUUCGCACUGGCUCCAUUCGCUGGUCCAAGUGUUGGGCCAAUUGUAGCUGGAGCUAUUCAGGUUACUGGUACUAGUUGGAGAUGGGUUUAUUGGAUUCUAACGAUAUUCGCUGGAGUCUGUUUGGCAGUUAUCGUUGUGUUCGUUCCUGAGACAUACGCACCAAAGAUCUUGGUUCAUAAAGCGAAGAGGUUAAGGAAAGAUACUCAGGAAGAAAGAUGGUAUGCACCUCUCGAAAAAGUAGAUAAUAGAUGGAAAUCUAGAUUAUAUGAUAUCUUGGCUAAACCUUUUGUCAUCCUCGCUCUCGAACCUAUGUUGUUGGCAGUCACGAUGUACAUGUCUUUCGUGUAUGGUGUGGUGUAUCUCUUGUUCGAAGCUUAUCCAUUUGUUUUCGUUAUCAAUCACGGAUUCAACAAUCUCCAAAACGGUCUUUGUUUCUUAGGAUUCUUCACGGGUGGUGUAAUCUGUGUUAUCCUAUUCAUGACAGUGAUCGAACCUCGGUUCCAACGACACGCAGCUAAAGUCGCACCACUCCCACCUCGACCUGAAAAGAGAUUAGAACUUUGUGUGAUUUCAGGAUGGAGCUUGGUCAUUGCCAUGUUCUGGUUUGGAUGGACCUCUUACAGCUCAAUCCAUUGGAUAUCACCUGUCAUUGCUGGUGGAUUGAUUGGUAUUGGGACUUUGGGAAUGUUCGUUUCGCUAUUCAAUUAUAUCGUUGAUGUUUACCUCUGGUCUGCUGCGAGUGCUUUGGCCGGUGCGACUAUCGUUCGAUCGCUAUUCGGUGCUGCUUUCCCUCUCUUCGCUACUCAGAUGUACGAAAAAUUAGGAACUCAAUGGGCAUCUUCCCUCCUCGGGUUCCUGGCUUUACUUCUGGCUCCCAUUCCUAUCGUCUUGAUGAUCUUCGGUCCCAAGUUGAGAGCGAGAUCAAAGUUCUCACCUAACAAGACUGUCCAUUAA